AUGAAGCAGGAAAUUGUUAAGAAAUAUAAAAGGCCACACGGUGAUGAAGAAAAACAGACAAGGAAGAAGAGAAAGAUCCAACUAGAAACAUCAGAAAUGACCAACUUUGCCAAGAAAGCACCAAGAUUAUCCUCUGCACUGUUUAGUGAUUCCUGUGAAAUUCAGCAUGGAUCCUUGCACCAACUCAUCAAAUAUGCAGUGCUGGGAAAAGAGCACACAACACAGGCAAGCUGGUGCAGUAUUCAUCAUCAAAAGCGUCUUCACGGUGUUGUUGUCAUUGUGUUGGAGAACCUGAGUCAACAUCACUUUUACCAGUUUUAUAUGCACUUUCAUUGUCUCCGGAGACUGUUCCAGCAUAGGUUCAGCUUGCCGCCUCCUCCCAGUGACUUUAUUGCUUUGCUUGUUGGGCUGGAUCUUGAUGACGACAAAGCCAGGACAGAAGAGCAGGCCAGUUCAAAUGAUUUCCAUGGCAGGUUGAAUGAUCCCGUUAACAAGCUCAAUAGUUUUUCAGCAACCACAUAUAACCUGGCAUGUAACCCCAUCCUACGAAAAUAUGGAAAGGAAAGGCAUGGCCUGACAAGGUAUCUACUUACUGAGGAAGAGAUGAGGAACAAUGAUUAUCCAUGUGUAGGCUCCCCAGAUACAGAAAACUAUGUACAUUCCAACUGCAUGGAUGACCCUACUGAUAGUAGUCCUUUAUUUGGGUUGGACUGUGAAAUGUGUUUGACUAUUCGGGGGAACGAGCUGACCAGAGUCUCCUUGGUGGAUUCCAGUGGUUACUGUGUUCUGGAUGAACUAGUAGUGCCUGACAAUCCCAUUAGACAUUACCUAACCAGGUUCUCUGGGAUUACCAAAAAAAUGCUUCUUCCAGUAAAAACAAAGUUAAAGGAUGUCCAGGAAAAGCUGAAAGAGAUCCUACCCCGAGAUGCUGUAUUGGUGGGUCACUCCUUAAACAGUGACCUCCGAGCUUUGCAAAUGAUACAUCGAAAUGUCAUCGAUACGUCACUACUUUUUACUCGAGAAUUUGGAAGGAGGUUUAGAUUAAAGUUCUUGGCCCAGGCAGUAUUACAGAUCGACAUUCAGAGUGAAGAUUUGGUUGGUCACAUGCCUUCAGAGGACGCCGUUACAGCUUUGAAAUUGGCGCAGUAUUUUAUUGAGUUUGGUCCAGAGAAGGUAGCUGAUCUUAAUCUGGAAUCAGUAUUUUUACGUGCAAAUAAUGAAUUAAACAAAGAAGGUGAGAAAAUCUCAGAGAUCAAAGAGAAUGGGCUUGUUCCUCAUCUGCAAUCACAGCACACAGAUAAAAUCAGUCUGGUAGACUCAUUGCAAAAAGUUGGACAAAAGAUUACUUAUGUAACCAGAAUGGACGCGGUGAACAGCCCUACCUGUUUAGCACAAUUAGAAAAUGUUUUGUGUGCAUCAAAUGAGGAGAUUCUGAAUAGAGCUGGUGAUGUAGUGCCUCUGUCUCCGCUUACUAUUGUUAAUUAUCACCCUGGAAAUAUUUUCAGCAGACACAGUAAGGACACUAAUGAAAAAGUUAUACGGAAGUAUGAGGAGAUGAUUACAAUAUUUGCUGGACCCUUCAAAGAGCCUGUGUGCCUAAAAUCUGUGAAGGUGCAUUUUCAAAGUUGUGGCCCUAUCCAUUCACUAAAUAUUAUAUUAGACAAUUAUCAGCCUCAUGUCUGCAUUAAGUACAGUCUUUUGGAAGCUGCUCAACUUGCUGUGAAACAUUUGAAUGGCACAUAUGUUAAUGGAUGCUGCAUUAAGGUUCAGAGGCUGAUAACCAGGAUGUCACUUGAUUAUGAGGACAUUAUAAAGGAGUUGGAAGAAGAUCCAGAAAACAGGGAUACUAUAUAUGUAUCUGGAUUUAUGAAACCUUUAACUGAAAAUUUUCUUCAACAGCAGUUUCAGUAAUUUUAAAGAAAUUAAAGCAAUUUUUUGCACCGAAGAAUCCAAGAAGCCAACAACAUGAAAAAUACUGUUUUAUAAAAUUCCAAAGCCCAUGUAGUGCUGCUAUGGCUGCUGCUCAUAUAAGUAUCCAUGGUGGAUUGCUGUGUCAGAAGGCAGUCACCUCUAGCCACUUUCUUCACUGGUUUCAAGAAGCAAUGCUUAGUACCCCCUCUCACACAGAAUCUAUGCUUGAAAACGACCCUCAGGCUAAUCUUUCAGAAAUUAUAAAGAACACAGAUAUGAAUAUUAAUCAGAUUUAUAAGAAUCUUCCAGUGAACACUCUGUGUCUCAUCCUUUUCCCUGGUAACAAUAGGGACAGUGGAAUCCUUCCAGGCUUUGGUUUGAUGGAAAUCAAAACUGACCACAUGUGA